AUGUCAUUACGUAUUAUCCCCAAUGAUUCAAGGGAAUCAGAAGUUUCCUCAAUUCAACAGGCUGCCGCUAAAAGCACGCCAGCAUUAUCGGAAACAUUGCAUAACCAGUCGGGGCCAGUGAAUAUCUCAUCUAAAAUCAAUAAUCUCCACCCAUUACAGUCGCGUGUUACUAGUUGGGAACAAACACAGCAAGAUUCAAGAUUGGAGACAUAUAGGCGUAUGUUUGGUGCAGGCGACCCAAUAAAAAGAUCUAUGGAAUUGGCAAUUGUGGAAAACACUGACUUCAAGCCUGACUGUUUAGGUGGUAGUAGCAUAAUGCACAGAGAUGUCCUUUUGGGAAAGGAUCUGAGUGUGGAUUGGGAAGACGUCUACCCCAACGGUAUACUCAACCAUGGAAAUACCGUACCGGAUAUGCAUAAUGAAGUAGAGAAAAGACUAGGUCUUUGA